AUGUCGUCCCCUUUCCGCGUCGUUGAGCAUGUCGUGCCCACUCAGCACAUCAGAGAGUAUCCCGGAGCCACGGCCAACGACCAAGAAGAGCCCUUACAUCUGGCCGUGAAACAAUAUAUUCCACUGGACAAUCCCAACCCGCAACCAGGCGACAUUACUAUUCUUGCUGCCCACGCGAAUGGCUUCCCCAAGGAACUAUAUGAACCACUUUGGGAGGAAAUCCACGCUCGAUCUAAACAGAAUGGGAUGCGCAUUCGCAGUAUCUGGAUGGCCGACGUGGCGCACGAAGGCCAAAGCAGCGUGAUCAAUGAAGAUUCCCUCGGAAAUGACCCUAGCUGGUUCGACCACCCCCGAGAUCUUCUCCACUUAGUCAACGUCAAGCGGGCUGAAAUGCCCCGGCCUAUCGUUGGCAUAGGGCAUAGCAUGGGAGGCGCGCAUCUCACCCAACUGUGUCUAAUGCACCCCCGACUCAUUCACACACUAGUCCUCCUAGACCCAGUGAUCCAACGCCAAACAACCCAACUAGACGGCCUCAGCCUCCAGAUUAACAAGCGUACGAUCGCCAAAACAACCCAACUAUCAACCCACCGGCGCGAUAUAUGGCCAUCCCGCCAAGCCGCCGCAGAAGGCUUCCAGCGGAGCCCCUUCUACCAAGCCUGGGAUCCACGAGUGCUAUCCCGCUGGAUCGAUCACGGUCUACGCGACCUCCCAACAGCCAUCCACCCACUAGACCCCAAGACCCCGAUAGACAAAACCGUCGGGCCCCCAGUAACACUCCGGACCCCACUGCACCAAGAAGUGUUCACCUUCUCGCGACCAAACUACACGAAUAUUCCGAACAGCACCAAGCCCGUCAACCGCGUAACACACCCAGACCUAGACGCAACCCACCCACACAUCUACCCCUUCUACCGCCCAGAACCAGCUAGGAUCUUCUCCCAGCUCCCAUUCCUGCGUCCUAGCGUACUGUACAUCUUCGCCGGAAAGUCGGACAUGUGUCUCCCAGCCAUGCGCGCCGAUAAGCUUGCCAACACCGGCACCGGGGUGGGCGGCAGUGGUGGCGUUGCUGCGGGUCGUGUGCGUGAUGUCUUCCUCGAGGACUUUGGUCAUCUUCUUGCUCAGGAGGCUGUGAAUGAGUGCGCUGAUGCCGCGGUUUGUUGGCUUGCGCCGGAGAUCCGUCGUUGGCGCGCCGAGGAGGAGUGUUUCCGCGCGGCUUGGAGUCAGAAGUCCAAGAUUGAGAAGGUUACUGUUGAUGCAGAAUGGUUGAAGAAUGUUCCCGCGCCGGCGCGAAAGCCGAAGAAGGCGGCGCAGAAUGGGGAGUCGAAGCUGUAA